AUGAAAACCUAAAUUAACCAGAAAUUAUUAGAUCAAUAUGUGUAAAUGGGAUUCUCAGUAGAGUUAAUUAAUAUGGCAUGGGAAAUAAUUAAUAUGGAGUCUGAAAUGAUGGAUACACUCUUCACUUUAUCAAUUUAAAAUUAGAAGGUAUAGAUUAAAUAAGAUGUAUGAUUUUAAAAACAUUAGAAUAGAAGUAAGAUGAAGAAGUUUUAAUAACUUAAGCAUUGGUUGAUUCAUAUCAAACAAAUUAAUAGAUAGGAUCUCAAAUAUUAGAAUUAGUUUCACCUGAAUAAAAAAAGAGAGUUGAUAGAAUACCAUGUGGAUUAAAAAAUAUUGGAAAUACUUGUUAUUUCAAUAGUUUAUUGUAGACUUAUUUUUUUAACAGUUAAUUUGUAAAGACUAUUAUCACCUUCUAACCUCAAUAACAAGACAAAUAAAAUAAAUCAAUCUAAUUAGUAUUAAAUCAAUAAAAUCUUUUUAUAAAAAUGAUUGGGAGUGAUUUAAAAUAUGUUGAUCCAUCUGAAGUUGUUAAAAGUAUUUGUGAUGAUUUUGGAAAUGUUCUUCCUAUUGGAGAUCAGUAAGAUGUAGGUGAAUUCAAUCAUUAUUUCUUAAGUAGGAUUGGAGAAGGUCUAGCCUAAACAGAACGUAAAAGGAAAAAUAUUGAUGAUAGUUUAAUUUAUACUUCAUCAUCAAUUUUUAAGUAAAAGUCUUCUAUAAUCAAUGAAGAAGAUAUAGUUUCAUAAUUGUUUUUAUGCAAAAUAUUUCACUAAUUUCAAUUUGAACAAGGAGGUUAUUAAUAAAUAAGAGAAAGCACAGAACUUUUUAAUUUUAUUCCACUUGAUUUAAAAGAUGGAAAUUUAUAUGAUAGUUUUGAUAGCUUUGUUGUUAAUAAUAUUGAUGAUUUCAAAAAUGAUUUUAAUGAAAUAGUUUAGGCUGUUAAAUAUAAUUGGAUAUAAUCUCCACCUUAAAAAUUAUCAUUUUAAAUCUAGAGAGUUACUUAUUGCAAAUAAAAAAGUAUAUUAUAAAGAAUAUUUAGAUGAGUUAAUUAAAUAAAAUGAUGAGUUUACUUUUGAUGAAGAAAUCUAUUUAGAUAGAUUUUUGAUAGAAAAUAGAGAGAAAUAUCUUAACAUAAGAAAUCAAAAUAAAGAAUUAAAAAUUAAAUAAAAAAAGAUUUAAUUAAGUUAAUAAUAAAUAACUAAAUUUAAUAAUGGCAAAGAUUUAUAAGAUGUAAUAGUUGAUUUAAUUUAAUUUUUAUAAAUGCAAAAUAAUCAUAAUAUUGAUAAUUCAGCUAAUUUUGGAUUGUCUGAUGAAUAAGAAACUAUUUAAUAAUUGUAAAAAUACUCAUAACAAAUAUAACUAAAAAAGUAAUCAUUAUAAAAACAAAGCAAUGAACUUUAAAAUCAAAUUCAAAGUAAUUAUAAUGAUUUAAAAAAACAUAAAUAUCUACUAUAAUCCAUUCUUAUACAUGAUGGAUAAGCCAGUAUAUUUUUAUAUUCUAUUAUUAGAUUCUGGACAUUUUUAUACUUACAUAAAAGAUUUUGGGCUUGACAAAUGGUUUAAAUUCAAUGAUAUGAAUGUAAAUGUAGAGACAAAAGAAAAAGUAUUUUAAGAUGCUUUUGGAAUGUAAAAUGGAAUUAAUGCAUAUCUAUUAAUCUUUAAUAGAAUAGAUAUUGUGAAAUAAGAAUUAUAGUCAUAGAUGAGAACUUACAGAAUAAGUUCUGAAAAUCAAUAUUUAAAUGAUAUAUAUGGUAGUUACCUUAAUUAAAAGUAAAAAGAAUAAUUAGUUAAAGAGAAUAAAUUAUUUUUAAAUGAAAUAAAUCAAUAAAUAUCUCUAAGAGUAAUAGAUAAAUUAAUUGAGCCUUAUUCAAUAAGAUUUGAAUUUAUUAAUGAAUAAUAUAGAAUUAUAUCUAACUCAGUACAAUCACAAACAUUUAAACCAUUGAUUACAUUAAAUUUUCCAAUUUUUAUUAAAAGCAAAAUGGCUAUAUUUGGUUAGGAUAAUUAUGAAAAUAUAUUAAAAUGGGUAAUCAUAGAUUCAGCAUUGAGGGAAGUAAAUCCAGAUAAAUCAGGAUAUUUUGGUGUAUAAAUCAAUAAAAAUGUAAAAAUAAUAAUUAUAAAAGUUUGAAAAUUAAAUAAUCGAUAAAUUUAAGGAUAAAUUCACUGAAUUUAAAAGACCAUCAAGAUUUUUAAGUUAAAAAGAAUAAGAUGAUUUUCAUUUAUUGUCUUAGGAAUACAUCUAAUAUAUUGCAAUUGCUUCUUUAGCUUCAAUAUUAUUUGAUAAUUUACUAUAAUAACAUAUUUCAAAUUCCUUAUCUGUUCUACAUCAUUUUUCUUUAUUAGCUAAAUAAUUGGAUUUCCAAAAUUAUUUUUAUAAAUUGGCAUAAAAUUUUUAAAGAUUAAUUCCAAUUAUAAUAAUUUGUAAGAUGAUUCCUUUUUAAGCAAUUGUAAAUUUGCAAGAAUUAUAAUUACUUCAAGCAUAUCUUUCAUUUUAACAUUUUAAGGAUCACUAAACAUAUUUUUGGGAAGCAUAAACAUCAAUAAUGUUGAAUGCCGUUAAUGAAAAUCAUAAAGAACCAUAGAUAUAAAAUAUUAUUAAUAAAUUUGAAAAGAAUAUAAAAGAUCCAAAUUUUAUAAAAAAGAUAGAAGAGCUUAAUAAUGUAAAAAUUUAUUAAAUUUUAUAAAUAUAGGAUAUAAUUACUUAAUAAACAACAUUAAGUAGUAAUUAUGAUAUUUAUUAAUGGACCCCUAAUAUAAAAAAAAGAUAUUUUAUUUGA